GGAAUUAAUCGUAAGCGGUCUCACUGUUUGCGUACACAUUCCUUGCCUACUUGAUUUUCGUAAAUAAUCGUUUGCGUUUGUACCGGCUUAGAAUGGCUGUGGUUAUUGAGACCACGCUGGGUGACUUGACUGUUGAUCUAUUUAUGGACGAGCGACCGAUUGCGUGCCUUAACUUCAUCAAGCUCUGCCAGUUGAAAUACUACAACUUCAAUCUAUUCCACACGGUUCAGCAGGGAUUCAUUGCCCAGACUGGGGAUCCUAGUGGCGCCGGUGAUGGCGGCUCAUCCGUGUGGGGCGUUGUGGAGGGCUCCCAGAAGCGUUUCUUUGAGGCCGAAUACAUACCGAAAAUCCACCAUUCGAGUGCCGGUAUGCUCUCUUUGGUGAGUGUCGGCAAAAACCUCGUUGGCUCCCAGUUUUUCUUUACGCUCGGCGAGAAUUUGACUUCCUUGGACGGCACCCAUUGUGUCAUUGGUGAAGUGGUGGAGGGACACGAACUGCUGCGGAAGCUGAACGAUGCCAUUGUGGACGAGAGCUUUCGUCCCUAUCAAGAUAUUCGCAUAACGCACACAGUCGUUCUGGAAGAUCCGUUUCCCAAUCCUCGUGGCUUUCAGAUACCCGCCCGUUCACCGUCUCCCAGCGUGGAAAGGCUUCAAAAUGGUCGCAUCGCUGCCGACGAGGACAUUGACGACACCAACGGCAAGACCAUGGAGGAGAUGCAAGAGAUGCUCGCAGAACGGGAGGCCAUAGCACGUGCUACAAUCUUGGAAAUUGUGGGCGAUCUGCCGGAUGCGGACAUGGCGCCACCGGAAAACGUGCUAUUCGUGUGCAAGCUCAAUCCUGUAACAACCGACGACGACUUGGAGAUCAUUUUUAGUCGCUUUGGCGUUGUGAAGGGCUGCGAAGUGAUACGCGACCGGAAGACAGGCGACUCCUUGCAGUACGCUUUUGUCGAGUUCGAGGAUCAGAAGUCCUGCGAAGCGGCCUAUUUCAAAAUGGACAAUGUGCUCAUCGACGAUCGACGCAUCCACGUGGACUUCUCGCAGUCGGUGGCCCGGGUGACUUGGCGGGGCAAAGGCCGAGGCGUUAUUGGUGCCGAUGGCAAAUUGGACUUUAACAAUCUACGAGACAAUGGUGCCAAUAACAAUGGACGGAAAAAUGAGAGUAGAACCAACAAAAGGGGUCGCAAUGAAGGACGAAGGGAUGUACGAAAACCUGAAGAGCAACGGAGCCGAAUGGGCUCUGCUGAACGCAGAAGGGCUCGCGAAUUACGACAUCAAGAGCAAGAGGGCCGUGAGGAUCGCUCCCGUAACCAUAAUCGACAACGUUCAAAAUCAAGAGAACCCACUGAACGCCACAGGGAACGAAGCGAUCGGCGACGCUCCCGAUCGAGGGACAGAAACGAGCGAAGAAGGGCAACGUCUCCUUACCGAGGCAAUCGUUAUUCGCCGGAGCGAAGACGUCAAGAAGAUCGUCAUAAUCGCAGUAGUAGAGAUCGACAGCAAAGAUCCGCGUUUCGAGUACAGGAAAACUCACAAAGCGAACGACGAAACAUUGAAAGAAAAUCGAAGGAGGAACGCUCGGAAAACACCCAAAACGAUCGAAAACGUUUAGCUGUGGAGAGGGAGAGUAAAUUUAAGAAGAAAUCUAAACGUGCCAAGAGCAGCAGUACGGAAUCUAGCGAUUCCUCCGAUGACACUGAAUCGUCAUCUGACAGUUCGGAGGAUAGCUCCUCCUCCACAUCCUCAGAUGAGCGUAGCAAGCGCAAGAAGAGUAGCAAGUCGAAGCAUAAGAAGACCAAGACAAAGAGCAAACACAAGUCAAAGAAAAAGCACAAGAAAUAAUAUUAUAUACAUAUAAUUUAGAUUAAUUCGCUAAGUUA